AUGUGCUGCGCCAGAGACGCUCCGACGCGGUCAGUGGGCGCCUCCGUGUUUCCGUGGGAAGAUGGCCGAGCCGGUGUCGAAGUCUGUGCUGUUCGUGUGUUUGGGCAACAUCUGCCGGUCGCCCAUCGCAGAGGCGGUUUUCAGGAAACUCGUCAGCGAGCAAAACGCCUCAGAUAAGUGGGUGAUUGACAGUGGUGCUGUUUCUGGCUGGAACGUGGGCCGGUCGCCAGACCCCAGAGCUGUGAGCUGCUUAAGGAAUCACGGCAUUGCGACGGCCCACAGGGCCAGACAGGUGACCAAAGAAGACUUCGCCACGUUCGACUACAUGCUGUGCAUGGACGAGAGCAACCUGAGAGAUUUGACCAGGAAGAGUAAUCAAGUUAAAAACAGCAAAGCCAAAAUCGAACUGCUCGGGAGCUAUGACCCUCAGAAACAGCUCAUCAUCGAGGACCCCUACUACGGGAACGAGUCCGACUUUGAGACCGUGUACCAGCAGUGCCUGCGGUGCUGCCAGGCCUUCCUGGAGCGGGCCUGCUAGCCGCCGCGCGCCGCACUCCGUCCGCCUGCUGUGUGUCCCCCAAACCAGCCAUUGUAGAUGGAAAUCAGCGGUGUGUUUGGCAAAAGCAUAAAUAAACAUUUUGACUCAGACAGCUUUGGGGCACGCGAGGUGUUCUUGGUCCAGCGGAACCUGCUGCCUCGGUCCCGUCACAGCCACGGCCGUGGGCCGGCCAGAGACGGGAUUGCCGGGGCCUGGGGGCGAGGGGCGCGC